AGACGCACAGUUCCAGCGGAAUGUUUUGUUGAAGCUUCACGAUCGCCGAGACCUGCUCAGCGUACCUGGAUUUAAAAGUGAACAUUUCGCUUUUCGGAGGAGGCUGAAAAGCACUCCAUUGCUAUAAGAACAUUUUGAUUGACUACAGAGGCUCAUAUUGCAGAUAUUUUCAAGAUGUCAAGCUUGCCAAUGGGUCACCAUGUAGGCAUACCGAAACCUCAACAGCAACAGAAUGACCUGGGUUAUGCACGGCAAUAUCAUGAUAGUAUGGUCGGGGAUCAUUACACUGCCUCACAACUUGGGGCUUACCAGAAUUAUCAACAUAGAUUAAUGUACAAUACGUUAACGGCCCAAGCCAAUCAGCCGUCUGUCCCCAGGACAAUGCAUGGAGGGAGAUCAGCUGAUGCACAAGUAUAUAGUAUCAGUGAAGCAGGAUGUGUUCCAACAAUGUCCAACCAGGGAGUAGAUGUGGUCUAUUCUAGAUAUGGACCAAGACCCACUCAAACAAACCCCCAGGCCGUGGCGAAGAACCUCAUGGUAUCAUCGCAAGAGUUUCUCCCUUUGUCAGGAACAGACCCCUCGGCGAUGUACUUCCCCAAAAAGAGAGGACGCAAGCCUCUGGCGGACAAGGGCAAGAAGAGGCGAAAGAGGAACAGGCCCGGAUCCCACGUGAAGAGAGCCAAAACAGCGUACUUCUUCUUUCUUGACGUUUUCCGCAAGAAUUAUGUGAAGGAUGGUGACCAGAUCCCAAGGGCAAGUGAGAUCACAAAGGCAUGUGGUAUGAAAUGGACCUCGAUGACGGUUACUGAGAAGGAACCAUACCAGGAGAAGGCAGGCGUCGACAGGAAAAGAUAUGAGGCUGAGAUCUCAGUGUACAGGAAGGUACGUGACCCCGACAAGCCAAAGAAGCCACCCACCGCAUACUUCUACUUUCUCACAGAUUUCCGCGAACAGAUGAAGGGGAAGACAAUAGAGAAGGGGCGACGUCUGACAGAGAUCUGCGGUGAGGAAUGGAACAAACUGACAGAUGAACAGAAGAAACCUUACCUGGAGAGGGUGGCCCUGGAAUACAAAACCUACCAAGGAAAAAUGGAAGAUUGGAGAAAGAAGAAGGGUCUGGUUGCAGCUACAAGUACCCCCAGAGCAGCUCCCCAGCCCCAGCCCCAGCCCGUAAUUGCCCCUCCACCACCAGUUGUUCAGCAUCAUGCCCCACCCACCAUGGUCCCUCAUAAUCCCCAGCCAAGCAUGAUGGCAGGGAUGGCCAUGGCACAGGCUGCCCAAGCAAGCUACAACGGUGAAUUGCAAGGCCCUUCCUCCCACCAACAGGUUCUCUAUGACGACGAAGGCGACGAGGAAGACGACGAGGAGUAUGAUGACGAUGGUGAUGAAUAUGAGUGAUCAUCCUGAAGUCAAAAUGCCAACAUCACCAAAAAGAAGAGGAGAUUGAGUAAAGGGGAAAAAAAAUGAAAUACCUCUUAUGAAGAGGAAAGCAAGAACUGUAUUAUAGCUUCAAUUUAACAUACACACACACAAAUACAAAACAUGCUGUGUUGGGGAAAAAAAGUUGUUGGUAAAAAAAAAAAUGAGAGAAAGCAAAGCUUAGCAGGCAACUGUUUAGUGCACUAGGCUGACUGAAGGUGGGCUGGUGCUGUAAAUAUGGUGUAAAAAAGCCUCCGUAAUAUGAGCGUAAUGUGUUGCAAUGACAAAUAUUUUCCUACCUUUGGAGUUACAGAUGUUUUGGAUUCUCCCAUUCUUUAAGCAGUCUCCUGUGAAGGUAUUCUCCAAAGUCUAUCUUUGGUGAAAAAUAAAAAAUAAAUUGCAAACAAAUCAAUACUACAGUUACGAGAAGGUAAAACUCAAAUGAAGCCAAUUUUGCAUUGGGUGCUUUCAUUGAACUCUUGUAAGUAUGUAUGAUACUGAUAUAAACUAAAUUGAAAUGUUUGUGACAGCAUUUGGUUGGUUGAUCCAACAAGUAUUUCUUGACUGUCAUGAUGCUUUUUUGAAAAGAAGUUCUUGCUCUCUUACUCUCUGUGUUAAGAGAUUUUAUCUUCAAAUCAAUGUUGAAGAACUAGAUACCUUCAAGACUUGUAUGCAAGAUAUCUGCAUAUUUUGAUGUACAGUAAUAAACUUUUUUUCCUCUCCAUAGAUGGAAAAUGAAUAUAUUUUUGUCUACUUCCAUAACAGGAGCAAAGAAAAUCAUGGAAGAGUUGCUAACCCUAAGAUAAUUGGAAACGAGAAUAUCAUGAGUGAAUAAUUGAGCUGUACAGAUCUUAAAAAUGGAAAGAUAAAUGUAAUGCGACAGCUGUGUGCGAAAAGUAGUAGUAGCUCUCUCAUUGGUUGGACAGAUGUGACCAGCUCCAUACAAAUGGAACAUAUUUCCUUUCUAAUGACUUGUUGAACACAACAUAUACACAAUCCCUGAGAAGGUACAUUCCAAAUUUUACAGACCGGUUAUUUCCUUUUUAAUUAUUUUUUUCUCCUCUUCAGAAAAAUUUUUCUGACAUUUUUCAAAGAUUCAAAGAUAAUGUUUACUUUGCCUGUACUCGCCAAUUUAUCCAACUCAUAUACAUUCAAUUUAGAAUUGACGACACGUGAAUCAGUCUAAGUUUGAAUUUGAACAUUCCCUUUGUAAUGAUAAUAACCAUUUUAUUAUUGCAAGACAAGUAUGUGAUGUAUAUUUCCAAUGUGAACAACUUAAACCAAUACUUACAUGCCAACAGUUAGGACAGCUUUUUUUCUUGAGGGGAAAAAAUUGACAGAGAACAAUGAAAUAUUAAUUACUUGCUACUUAAAUUUUUUUUAUCCCAUACUAUGCACAGGAAAUUGUCCAUUUGAUUGAAGCUGGUCACAGGUUUUCGUGAUAAAUUUAACACAUCUGCAUGCCUUGAUGUACAUCUAGCAUUUUAUUUGUAUGGUUAUUUCUUAUUUACAUGGUUAACUUUGUUUUCAUCCAUCAACUGUUAUCAUGAAAUGGCAUGUAAGUAAAAAAGUGUUUAGACUUAAAGCGACAUAUGAAGAAGAUCUAAAGAUGCCUGUAAAGAGAGAUUAGUAAAAAAAAAAAUAUCCAGUACGUCAGUGUACAUGUGUGUUACGUUGAGUGUGAAAGAGUACAGUCUUAGAUUGUAAGAGAAAAUCAAGAAUUACAGUGGCUAUGUCUUAGUCGUGGGCUUCAGAUAUUGAAUCAACAUAUAAAGAAACUAAAGGCGUCCAAAAAUGUGAGAACAGUAUUAGUAUUGUAUUCAAGUUUGAAUAACCAUUGCGUGGAGUAGUAUCUGCUAUUUGAAGUAACUAAUUUUUAUCACAUAUCUGGUUUUUCUUUAUCGUCCUGUAGUAUUUUAUCUUAUUUAAUUGAUUGAUAAUGAUGUCUCUGUACAGUGCCAAGUUGUUUCACUGUGAUCGCAAUUGUUCUUGAAUGCAUGCUUUUGAAGAGGUUUUUGUGUGUCUCCGUUUAGAUGAAGAUUUCCUUCGAUCUCAUCAAUUCUGAUGAUGAUCAUGUAGAAAAAGGUGCUAGUUUACAAUCGUCACUAGUUACAUUUAUUGUGGCUGUCUAACGUCUUCAUUUUUUUAAAACUCUACCUUGUGUAAACUUUAUAAUGAUCUUUAUUAUGAUCAGUUUGAUUGUGCCAACCCAUAUUAUUUUAUUCUUCAACUCAGCCAUGAGGCAGCUUUAUAGAAUUGCAUUCCUUUCUUAUUCUUUGUUCAUUUUUCCUCUUGCUUACUCUCUUGCUGUCUGUUGCCACAGUUGCACACUGCAUGCCUUAUUAUGCUUUUAACAGUUCAAAAAAAUAUAUCUAUUAGAGACAAGUCAUAGUGAUUAUUUUACAGUCUCGUUAAGGAGAUGUUUGCUAUCACCCACGCUACUCUUGGUAUUCAACUCCCAACUCCAGUAUCUCUGCAAUGUAACAUUGACCUUAUUUUAUUUUUCAUUAAUACGCUGCUUUUGCACUUAAGUUGCAGUUUAAAUGUUGAAUUAUUUCCCAUGAUCGUAAUGAAGGGUCAUUGUCUUUUAGUUUGACUGAGGUUUCUUUGGAGUAAUGCUUUCUUAUAUAGAUUCUACAACUCUUGCCAAAAUAUCAACUCUCACUAAAGGUAGGAUCAACUUCAAGAAUAGCAUGUAAUUUAUACCUUUUUUAAUUCAUUGCAAGUCAUGGCUCCACAUCUGUUGACAAACACAUAAAAGUUUCAAAAUUUGAUUUGGUUUUUUUUCCACAAAUACUUGAUUAAAAAUGACAAUCAAAUUUUUAGUAAAUCCAUUACUUUUGUGUUUUAAAAAACAGUUUUUUAUUCUUUAUUACGUUGCUGUAUAAACUUGAUACUUGUUUAGUGAUAAUAUUGCAAUAUGUAUUUUAGUCAUUCCAUUCCAUUAAUAAUAUCCAUGUCUAGUUCAAGUCUUGUUAAAAUUUUAGUAGUUUCUUUAAACUAUAUGUCUCCCCAUAGGUCUUUGAGAAUUGAAGUAUCUUCUGUUUUGCAAUCAGAAAAUGCUAAGGGAAUGUACAUGUAAUACGCCCAACAACCAACACCAUAGUUUGAAGCUAAGACUAUUCUUAUGCCAUUAAUUGUAGAUUAGUCGGUAGCUUGCAUAGUAAUGGUGAUCUUUCCUACAAGUAUACAGAUUGUGUUUAUGUUUAUUUAUCCCAGAAUGACAGCUCAUACUUAUUACAAGGUAUAACAAAAACGCCCAUUUUAUGUGGCUUUAUACCUCCAUUGAAAAUAAAAGCACCCUGCCUGUAUUUUCAAAUGAACCCUCCUGCAUAUAUUUUGAAAGUAAAAGUGUGUUCCAGUGCUACAUCUCUUGCAUUUUAGUUGUCUUAGGUGAUUAUAUGCACCCUUGCAUGCAUCCAGCUUUCCAAGCAAAUGUCAUUUCCUUUAUUGUUGUUGUUUUAUUUUCAUUCAAUCAUUUGAGUUAAGAAUGAAACGGAAGGAAUCUCCCGGUGUAAAGAGUGGGCCUCUGUAAGAAUAAAGAAUUGUUUGGGGAUUGUUCCAAGUAGUGAAGAGAAAGAUGACGAGAAAAAUUAAAUGACUAUUUGAUGAUCUUUGUAUGAAAUAUCAUGCACAAAAUUGUAAGCCUUUAUGGUAGCGUAACCAUGUAGAUACAACAUGACUACUUCUAGUUCUUCCAGUUAGAAAUAAUCUUUCAAGAGUAGUGUCCAUUUGGUUUAUAAUGUAUGUCACUUUUUUGAUGGCAUGUGACAAGAAAAUGUCCAACUUGAAAGGAUUUCUAUGGAAAAUAGAGUUGGCAACUUUCAUGAAAUUUAGAAAGAAGAUGUAUUGCAAAAUCAUCUUUUUUUGAGCUAGCUGCCAAAUGAUUCCUAUUCUCUUUACCGAUCCUGUAUUGUUAUGAAAGUAUUUGCCAAAUAAAGUAAGUUAUUGGCAUUUUUGUACUAUUUAUAAGAAAAAUAAUACAUUGACUGAUGUAUCCAGUCAAAUUGAAAUGUAAGGUAAUAACUUAUGUUUUCUUGUGUAUAAAGUAUGUCCAUGUUUGUUGUAUUCAUAAUGAGAGAAAUAAGUCCUUACUUGAUGAAGACCAACUUGUAUACAGCAUUUUUAGCCUGAAGUGCCAGACAUUAUAUUUACAAAGAUUGUCUGCCUUCUUUAAUAAUUUUUGAAAUAAACAACUUUUUUCAUGCAUUUUGAUCUGAAAAUACAACAUUUGUAAGACGUACAAAUAUUUUCAGAUGUUAAAAUGCACUUUUUCUAUUGUAGACAUUAAAGAUAAUGGCCUUUUCCUUGUAAUGAACCCUUAUGUUGUUUGCAUUCUCUUUAAAUGUUUUAAGCAGUUGUAUCAUUAUUUUUCCUGUCCACAUAAAUAAUUAGUUUAAGCCAGACACUGUGUUACACACACACAUUGCAUCCUCUCCCUUAUGUGUUUUUUUUCCUUUUCUAGAUUUUCCUUGACUGUAAUUUGUGUACAGCACAGGGUUCUCUGGUACCAAAACAAGUAAACAAGUUCAAUUUGAGUCUACCUAUUUGCUAUGUUGGCUGUUCAUUUGUAUAUGUAAGUGUAAUGAAAUUUAAGAACCAAACCCUGUAAUAUGGUAUGUUGCUGUAUGUAAUGCAGUGUAGUUUAUUUAUUUUUACAGUUCAUGCCAGGCACAUUGUAGCAAACAUGCAUUGUUGUUGUAUAAUCAUUUCCAUUCAAAAUCUGAUGAUGUAACUUUGUAGUCUAAAUGUAGCAGAUGUUAUUGCCUUAUUAUUUUAGAUUCUUUUGAUUUUAUUCUUGUAACCACUUCAGAAUACAACAUUAAUUGACUUAUUUAAAAUUAAAUUUGAAUCUAAUGCAUUUUCCCAUUUAUAUAGGAAGGGAACAAUCGACCUGUCAAAUUUGUACAUUUGGCUGCAAUUAUCUUCAGCUAAGAACAGCUUGUUGAAAAAUGUCAUCAUUGAAACCAGACUUACAUAGUCUUAAUUUAAAAUAGGACCCCAAAUUGCUACCUCCUCCCCUACAGAUACAAUAAUGCUGUAUCUUGGGUGGCGUGAAGCCUAGAUAUUUAACCAGUAUCCAAUCCGUUAUUUUGUCUGAGGGGAGCCAGACAGAAAGGCACUACACCCUUCUGGCUCUCAACAGGUGAUGUGUAUCUAUGUGCUUGGUGCCUCCCAAAGAACAACGUGGGAACAGACUCGCAUAUCCUAGGCUUUAAUACUUUAACGAAUCAGAGAAAAUGGGACUAAAAAGUAGUUGUGAGUCAGGUAGCAUUACUCCUAUGGCUGAAAGGGUUUAUUUUGUAGAAAGGCAUUACAAUACCCGUCUCGGUAGAGUGUCUUUCUUCCAAGUGGAAAUACAGGUAUUAAUUAUCAGAUUGCCUGGAAAUAUCAAGAAAUCGUCCAAAUCUUCCCAAGUCCUCACUUGUUCUACCUUGAAAAACAGUCCUUGGUAUCUACACAAGAUUUUGAAAUAGUAUUAUAUAUAAUAUCUGUCCCUUGUACAGAAAAAAAUAUGCACCAUGAACAUCAUGCACUAUUAGAUUUCGGCUCACCAAAUGUCUUUUGUUGAAAGACAUUCCAUGCAAAAAUAUCAAAAAAUGUAAUAUCUGUGUUUGUAAAAGCUGUAACUAAGAUGACAUCUUUUGUACAAAGUGAAAAUUUGUAAUUCUUGUAGUUAGUAAUCAUGAGGAAACUAAAUGUAGAGACCAGUAUUCUACAUCUGUUUAAAUGAAAUAAUCAAGAAAACAAAUUUUAAUUUAUGAAAAGAAGGGCGUUUUUUAAUGAACUUUCAUAUAUUAUAUUAUAGUCAAGGCAUUUCAAUCAUGAGGAUUCCCUGUAAUUUAUAGAAGAAAAAAUAAUUUUUCCUGCAACAACAAAUGAUGCAUUAUUAGUCUCUCCAAUCGUUCAAAUGUUGAAAUUAUGUAUUCAUGUAAAUCAAUUUCGAAUAUCAUAUAGUCUGUUGUCAUGUGAAUCUAAUAAUUUUGUAAAUGGCCAUUUGUAUCAUAUUUUUAAGGUCUGGUUAAAGUAAUGUCUUUCUCAGUACACCAGUGUUCAGUGAAAUUCACCACAGGUAUAAAAGAAAUACUAAAAAGUAUUUGCAUCCUUUAUAUUUCUUGUUUGAUCUGAUCUGAUUAUAACAGAAAUGAAUUCAACUCUCUACUCAUAAUUAUAAUUCAUUACAUAGUUUUGAUAUGUACUACCUUUGAUUCCAUUCAUUAAUAAGAAUAUAUUUGUUAUGAAUCUCAAUGGCCACAGUCCUAACAAAGUAUUUUGUUAAUAUCUGUUCAUUGUCGCAAUUGCUUGUCAAAUUUGUUAGUAGCUAAACUGUAGGUGUACGUAUUUGCCAUUUUUUUAAAACUUGAUGUUCUAUACCUACAUUUUUGUAGUAGAGUGCUUAUCAUUUGUACUUCCCAGUGAGAAUUUUUAAUAAAGAUGUCAAAAAUAA